ACACGCAUGCAUAAGAGAUGGCUGUAUCUGGAAAGAUGAUGAUGUACGUGAACAUCAAAUCACGUGGAGAUGAGUUACAUGAAAUCAUUAGGUUCAGGCCAAACGACCUAGCUUUGAUGUUGCCUGAUAAGGUUCAUAGCUGUGUUCUGCUUGAUGGUGAAUGGGGCGCGGUUGGAUCCAUCAUUUCCUGGAACUUUACAUACGAUGAAAAAGUGGAAGUAUUUAAGCAACAAAUUGAAGAAGUAGAUGAAGCAAACCACAAGAUAGUGUUCAAGAUACUUGAAGCAAGACUAUUGGAAAAGAUAUACAAGUCCUUCAAGAUCACAUUUCAUGUUGAAGAACAAGCAGAGGGACGUGAUAGAAAGUUGGGUGCCGUGACCUUCGAAUUUGAGAAAGAGAACUCAAAGUUCCCCUAUCCAACUGCUUUCAUGGAUUUUCUAUGUGAUGUUUUCAGCCUCCUAGAUGACUAUAACACCAACAAAUAAAUAUAUAUAAAAAGUGUGUGUUAAGAACCCAGCUGCCGUAACUCAUGCAUGUAUCUUUGGUUGCCUUGUAUUGUAACUCAUGUGUUAAAUUAGUAACAAAUCUGGUUGCUUUUCGGGAAAAAAGAAAUUUCCGAACAUGUAUGCAUGCUUUCUUCUUCUUGUUAAAAUA